AUGGGGCCACUUGAUAUUCUGAAUUUUUUGAAGAAGCACUCCUUAAUCUAUCCUAAUGUUGUUAUUGCAUACAUAAUUUUGUUAACCAUUCCUAUGACGGUUGCAUCCACGGAAAGGAGCUUUUCUAAACUCAAGUUGUUGAAAUCCUACUUGCGUUCUACUAUGACACAAGAAAGACUCAAUGGAUUGGCAACAAUAGCAUUUGAAAAUGAUAUCUUGGAGAAGAUUAAUUAUGAAGAUUUGAUUGAAGAUUUCAUUUCAAGAAAUACUAGAAGAAUGUUGCUUUUUGGUAGAAAAUGA